AUGGACUCGACUCGAACCAUACCCGAAUUGAAAUCCUCGUUUCUCCGGGCGCAAGUGCGCAUUCUAACAGAAAGCCUCGAGGCGCCCGAGGACUGGAAACAAUACGCGACCGAUCCGGACAACGAUGAACUGACCGAUAAGGUGGUGGGGGAUGCCUUACAGAAAUUGAACGCGGCCUUGAAGCAGCAUAACCGGAUUGUUUACUCGUCGCAGGCGAUCCAUCAUGUCGCACAGCAAAUCGCCAGUCUCUACUGGACAUCGAUCACCCAGGCCUCUCGCAGCCAGAAUUCUCUCGAGAGGGGGGUCGAGAAGACCGUAGAUUUGUCAAGUCAUAUGAAUAUCACCCAGUUACCGGUGGAAGUAAAUGAUCCCUCUGCAAGCGAGGAAGACCGUCAAAGGUAUCAGCAACUCCGCGAACGCUUGAUCGGCCUUGACAAACGACGACAACAGCGACAGCGACGUCUAGACCAGCUGCGGCAGUUACAACACCUGCUCGAACCGUUUCAAGAACCCCAGGAGAACAUCCAACCGAACCUGGUCACUCGGGACGGAGAGCUGAUGAAGGAAUUGGAGAAAAUGAGAAUGUUGGUUGCACGGGUUGGAGGUCGGAUUCAUCAAACGGAGCGGCCGGGCAAUGACCAAGAGAACACUGCAACCUAUUCGCUGGGGUCCGACCAGAAGAUAGCAGCCUUGUUUGAUAUGAUGUAA